UUUUGAUCGAUCAGUAUAUAUGGCAACUAUAUGCUAUAGUGGCCCGAUAUUGGCGGUUCCGACAAAAGAGCAGCUACUUACAGAGAUAUGGGCGUAUGCAAAAUUUAAGAUCGAUUUCUCAAAAACUGAGGGACUAGUUUGAUAACGCAUAUUUUUAAAUGUCAUGAAACCUCUGGUGAUAAUAGUGAGAUCAUUCAAAACAUGCAAGUGAUCCGAACACUAAACAGUCAAUGAAACUAUGUUCUCACUUAAUUUAUGUUGAUGGCUUUAGGCGUAUAAUGUAUCACUGAUAGUAUCAUAUAAAGAACAAUCAGUUGGUGAUGGUAAAAGACAUUGCUCAACAAUUAUAUAAUAUUAGCAAUAGUUUUUAUCUUACGGAAACCCUAGGAUACUAUCUCAAAAACUAGCUGACCCUAAGAAACUUGCGUUAGAAGAAAUUCAAUGAAAGAAAUCAUUACUAUCUCGAACGCGAAAUAUUAUAUAAGCAUAUCCAAAGUUUGGAAAUUUAUUUUGAUAAAUGGGAAUGAACCUUCGUUGAAUCAAGUGAUUAAAUUCGAUGAAACUAUAGAUCAAUUUUGAUGGGAUAACAUUGUUUAUAAACUUGAAGCAGGCAUGGUUCGGCGUGAGUUUGUCUAUAUUCACGCAAACAUAGUAAGGAAACUCAGAUAACGUUGAAAUUGUUCGUGUGUCUUGUUCGAAAUGAAAUUUGAGCCAAACGUAAACGUGACCCAAAUAAUGAUGCUCUAUAAUAUAUGGAGUUCACAGAUUACGGAAUUUUCGGUAUGCCAUUCUUACUUCCCGUAUUUCGUCUAUAGUUUCAGAUAAACCUAGAACGAUUUCUUUGCCGGUUAGAAAUCUCUUAUCUCAAAUACAGUAAAGAUCGUUUUCGUAGAUGAUACAUAUUAUUUAUACAAAAAUAAAUAAAUCAAAUGUAUAAUACAUCAUCUGAACAAUCGGAACUCAGUUGUCAAUUAGAUGCCAUUCUAUUUAGCCAUAGAUUUUCCGUAAACAUACUCCUGUCAGAUGGUGUCAAUGAGAAAAUUAAUGAGUUCCAUAUGUCACUUAAAAAAUUUGAAACUCUAGCCAGAAAAUAUUGAGCGCCACACACACAGCAAACAGUAAUUGGAAUAAAGUGUAGCAGCCGGCGGCGCGCGCCCUUUCAAAGACCACCCGCAAUAACUGUCAUAUACUUGUAUUAUAUUUCAUAGCCGGCAAAAGCGCGCUAAAAGUUCAAAAACACCAACAAGCAUGCUUACGUAAAUAUAUGUGUGUAUGCAGCAAAGCGAAUGAGACCAAAGUGAAAAUUACGAGUAAAGUUGAAAAAGCAUAUAAAAACGAACAAAGUGCAAAUUGCUUGGACAGAAACGAAUAGCAAAACAAAAUACAUGAAUAAUAAAUUAAUGCAUAUGUGUACGCUUGCAGCUGUUGCGCGCUCAACUUAGUGCAGACACGAACCUGCAUAUAACGAACAAAGUUGAGGGCUACAUUUACAAUUUAUAGGCAAAAUGCCGCAUUGAUGACGUAUGAGCUGGGCGCUGCGAUGCAUGGCGUUGCGCUGCAAUUGCAGCGCACAAGGCUGUCGUUGGCGCCGACGUCGCAGACACUGUACAUAACGCAGCGCCUGCUGUUAGUGUCGUCCAUUAGCAUAGCGCCAACGGUGUCACAUAGACGCAAAGUGGCAAUAGUAUGACGAUGUCAACGAAACGUUGCACAUGUGGCAGCAAUAGUAGGCAACAAACAACAGUGACAGCUGCUCCAUGUGAUACCGUCUGACGGCAAGUCGUGCAUUGCUGAAAUCUUUUCGCCACUCUUCUUCACAAGCGUGUGCACAAACAGUUGGCUUUUAACGACUCGUUGCUUUGGUAUUUUUACGCAUAAUCGCAUGGCGGCAUUCGUUGUGGUGCGACACAAUUCAUAAUAUUUCGCGUUUAGCGCGCGCCUGCCCAACGCGUGGCGACUUGUUCGCUUUCACGCGUUCCACUAUUAUUGUGAUGACAAUAGUGGUAAGCACAAAUAAAAAUAAAAACAAAAACAAAAGCAAACAACUCAACAAGCACCGAAAACAAAAGCAGAUCGUAAACUUAUUUAGUAGCGGUCGGCGCGCUUUGCCACAUACAACAUAGUAGUCGCUCGCAUUUUGCAUUGUACGGACCUAAGACGGACGCUCCGCAAAAGUGUUAACCACAAUAUACCCACAAUACUAAUAGCUUAAAGUAUACGCAAGGUCGUUAAACAAACUAUUUUCGUGCGCGCGUGUGUGUGUAAAUAAGCAUAAUAAUUAAUAACAUUCCAUACUGAAGUGAGUGUGAGUUUGCCGCGUCAUGUCCACGCCCGAAGAACUGGCGCGCCUUGUCGCCAUACACCUGCGUGAUUUGCAGGAAAGUGAACCGAAUUGGACAGUCGCGCAUUCCGAUGUCGCGGGACGCGGUGUCUUCGCAACGCGUGAUAUCGCCGCUGGUGAAUUACUCUUCCGCGAAUGUCCACUGGUUGUCGGUCCCACGGCGCGCAAGGGUUCCAUACUCAAUACAUGUGUUUGCUGUCACAAGCUGUUGGCCGUCAAGGACUUUCUCUGCAAACACUCAUGUAUGCUGCCCGUGUGUGAUGCGUGCGCCGAUUCGACGGUGCAUCGUGAAGAAUGCGCGCUCUUCCAGCGCUGGCAGCCCGUAGAAUUGAGUAAAUUAGCGGAGACGUGUAAAGAUAAGAGUGCCGGACCGCCACUGGUAAAUCCCUACUCGUUACGCAUACUUACAGCGGUGCGCGUGUUCUUUCUCAAUCCAGAGCAGCGCGCGCUCGUUGACGCCAUGCAAGCGAAUGCGGAACGCGGCUAUCGGCAGGAGAUCAUCAAAGCGGCGCAGAGUUUUCGCAAAUUUCCUACAACAGAUAAAUCAUUUAUGGAUAAUCUUUUUCGCAUUGUUGGCGUAUUGAAUACGAAUGCUUUUGAGGCGCCAUGUCGCGUUGGCGAACACGAGACGCUCGUGCGUGGCCUCUUCCCACUGACGGCGAUCAUGAAUCACGAGUGCACGCCCAAUGCGAGUCAUUACUUCGAUAAUGGCCAAUUAGCGGUGGUGCGUGCAGCUCGUCCUAUACCCAAGGGCGCGGAGAUAACCACCACCUAUACGAAGAUUCUGUGGAGUAAUCCGACGCGUGCCAUUUUUCUCAAAAUGACUAAAUAUUUUGUAUGUGAGUGUACACGCUGCAAUGAUAAUACGGAGAACGGCACAUACUUGUCUGCGCUCUUCUGCCGCGAACAAGGCUGCAAAGGCAUCGUAGUACCGGAACAGACGAAAACUUUGCAAACGGACUGGCGUUGCCUCACCUGCGAUACAAUUGCGCCACACGCGAAGAUGUCACGCUAUCAGGACUUUGCAUUGAACACGAUUAACAAUCGCAUCAACACGAGCACCGUGCACGAAUUGAUCAAUUUCAUUAACGAUAUGUGUCCACGCUUUUGUCCGCCCUCGAAUUAUGUGCUCGUCGAGGCGAAGUUGAAUGUGAUUUGGCGCAUGCAACGCUUCAAAGGCGAUUUCACCGAGGAAGAGGUGCGACAUCGCGAUCGCUAUCGGGAGGAGAUUUUGGAGAUAUUGGAGAAACUGGGCGCCGGCGAUUGUACACUAAAGAAGCUAAUUACCAAUGAGAUACCGUAAACGGUGUCAGCGAGUGGAGCGCAAAUCGAGUUGUGGGAGCGUAUGAAGAGACAGCGAAAGCAAUCAAAUGAGCUUUUGUAUUUAUUGUGUUGUUAGUGUGUGCAUUUGUGUGCUAUUUAAUACUCAGAGCAAUGUAGUGCUCAUUUGUAUCAUUGUUGUUGUACUCUUUGAAAAUUAUUGCAAUUUUUUAGCGUUUAUCUCGAAUAACUUAUUCAAUUCCUUUUCAAUUCACAUUAUUAAUUAACGCACUGUAAACCUUUUCGCUUGGCCCAAUUCGUGCUCGUACCGACUUGUCAGCGGAAAAUCGUGCAAUUAUUUACGCGUCAAUUUAUUUAUUACUUAAUAGUUGUAUCCUCAAAUUUAUAAAUCUCUAAAAUUAAUGUUUACUAUUGAGUCUGAAAUAAAUAGUGAAAUACUAA